AGGGAAUCAUUUCGAGGAGAAAAUUCUCCAAGUCGUUCUAUCGGCUAAAGAUAUGCGAACACAGGAAUGUAUGCUGAUCUAGCGGGGUGGAGCGGGGUACUAUGCGUAAUCAUACUUGUCUCACUCUCAUAUCUUUUGGUCGAUAUCUCCUAGACAACGUGUAUCUCCUGUUCUGAUACCGAGCAGUCGAUAACCAGUCUAGGAUCUUGCUAAGUAUUUCGAGUCUUGACACCAUUCACCACUGGACUCAUGUCGGACUGAUUUGCCUCAAAAGAUUUGGGAACAGUGGUCAAAAAUGUCCAACGCUUACAAUCCGGACGGAUCGAAAUUUGGAAAUCUGAGGGGCAAAGUUGUUGUUCUUACCGGUGGAGCGAAUGGCAUCGGAGCAUGCACAGUCAGAGACCUCGUUUCCAACGGUGCGAAGGUCGUCUUUGGCGACUACGACGCCAAAGCCGGCGAAGCCUUGACAUCGUCUCUCGGAUCUGAUGUCACUUUCCUAAAAAUGAACGUCGCGGAGUAUUCCGACAACGUGAAUCUCUUUAAGCUCGCGCGAGAGAAGCAUGGCCGCGUCGAUCACGCCGUCGCUGUAGCUGGGAUUGGUGAACGUGGUGACUGGUUCAAGUCCAGCCUCACUACCGAGGACGUGGAGAAGCCCGAGCAAAUUGGAACCGUCGAGGUCAACCUGAUAGCUGUUUUAUAUUUCAUUCGCGUAGCACUGCCAUACCUGCGAUUAGAGCGGAAGGAGGGCGAAGAUAAGAGCGUGGUGAUUGUGGGAAGUGCUGCGGGAUUUCGCGAGUCGCCUGGUCUGCCCAUCUACAACGCAACCAAGCACGGUGUCCAAGGAGUCAUGCGCUCCCUGCGCAAGAGUCUAUGGGAAAGCGAGAGGAUCCGUAUCAAUGUGCUUAAUCCUGGAGUAACAGACACGAACAUGGCGAACGUCGUUGCGAAUGCAUUCAGGAAAGCCGGGCUGCAAGACGCGGUGAACAUGCCUGAAGAUCUGGCCGUUACGAUCCUUGGAUUCCUGACGGAGGCGGAUAUGUGGGGAAAGUCUGUGUAUGUAGAAGGAGGCAAGGGGUGGGAAUGGGAACAGGGAUAUUGGGAUUCAAUGCCGAGCUGGCUUGGAGAAGCACCAACACAGAGACUGCGAGACGGACUGAAGCUGGUGGCUUCGGGCAAAAUCUGGGACUUUCACUAUGCACAACAAGCUCCAAAAUAGCGGACGUGCAAAAUGAUGCUCAAAAGAGUGGC